UUUGAAACUGUCUAUACUACUGGGGCUAUGAAAUAAACUAUAAAUACCUACAUACUGUUAAAGUCAAUAUAAGCUGUAUUAUGCUGUAUUGUGCUUUUUAGAGGUGUCCGACUCCAGUGUUCAUAGAUUUUUUUUUUCAAGUUUAACACAUGGAGCCCUUGGUAAUCAGUUAUUUGGUAGAAUUCAAAACUAUGCAAUUUAAAGGAUUCUACACUACAGUACAGUCUACGUCCCAAACCGCACACUGCUCUUCUACGCCUAGUUUUUUUUUUUUUUUUUGGACGAAGCCACUUAGACAGCAGCGCAGCGCGUGCCUUGAACGCGCGCUCGUUCUCGGACCAAUAGGAUGACAUUAUAUGAUCACGUGGCAUCUUCUUUCACUUUCCUGCAAGUCUGCUGUCACCUGCGGUGAAAAUGGUUGUGCUGAAAGGAAUACCGUCACUACUUACACCGGAAUUGUUGUAUGCCCUGGCCAAAAUGGGGCAUGGAGACGAACUGGUUCUUGCAGAUGCAAAUUUUCCUGUCUCCUCUGUUUGUAAAAGUGGUCCCAUGGAGAUACGAGCUGAUGGUCUGCGUAUUCCAGAGCUAUUGGAAGCAAUAUUGAAGCUCUUUCCUCUUGAUUCCUAUGUUGAAUGUCCGGCAGCUGUAAUGGAUCUAGUAGAAAGUGACAGGCAGCGGGGUCUUGUAGUGCCAGUGUGGCCCUGCUACUCUGAUCUUCUGAAACAAGCGGGAUCAGAUGGGAAUUUUGAUGCAAUUGAAAGGUUUGCAUUCUAUGAGCGUGCUAAGAAGGCGUUUGCUGUUGUAGCAACAGGGGAGACUGCUCUGUAUGGAAACAUCAUUAUCAAGAAAGGAGUCAUUCAUCCUGAAGAGCUAUGCUAAAGAAUGCUGGAAUAUUCUUGAGCUUUUUUUAAAAACACUUCAACAAGUUGGAAUUGGAGAACGGCCUAGGUAUGCUAAUUUACUUAUUUUGUGAUAUAUUCAUUACUCUGUAGGAAAUCUGCAGACUUUAAGGGCCUUCACACUGAGCAUGAUUAAGCGACAUGAAUGUUUGACGGGACGACGCUCUUGAAAUGAAACAAUAGAGCUGUAUGGUGCUGUUCACACUGGGCGCAAUCAUUCGCGGUGCGACAAAGCGAUACUUUUUUUAUGUCCAGUGUGUGGAUUUUUCUCUGUUGCUCCACGAAAAAACGGGCCGUCCAAUUAGAUUUGAGCUUUAGAUCACGUGCAUGGACACGCUGCUGUUGCACAAAAGGGUGAGAUAGGUGGCGCUAUAGCACAGACAGCUGUUUUGAAAACCAGUGUAAACAAAGAGGACGAGUAUUCCAGAAGAGAGAAGAGAAUGGAUAUUGCGUUCUUGCCAAGUUUCCAUCCACUUUUUGCGCAUUUCUGUUAUCAACAAAGUGAAUGUGUGUAAAAAAAAGUUUGUGAUAUUUGCUGUUUCCCACCUGUUUCCAUCCAAUUGGCCUUUUACCAAUAAAAUGGUGUGCAUCAGUUACUUAUGUAUUAAAAAGUGCCAUUUUCUCAAUGUUACAGUUGGACUUUUUGUAGCAGAAAACAAUACUCAGUAUGUCAUUUGUUAUUUGUCUUUAUAUCCUUGUUGAAACAUGUCAGUAAUAAAUAUAAUGGGAUAGUAAGAACUGAACUGUCAUGUCAUUUAUCAAAGUUUCACCAUGAUAAAAAAGUGGGCUGGUCUUGGGCAUUAAACUCGGGUUUUGUCCCACUACUGUGUUAUUGCAUUAUAUUUCAUAUUAAUAUUAUUCAUACUAAAGCAGCUUGAUGGUGCUGUUCAAAAAACCUACUUCUUAACAGUUUGUGUUGUAUUGUGGUGUGGUGCUAUGUGCCAACAUUUACGCGAUUCUUCUUCUUGGUGGUCAAAGACGAUAGGCCGAUCAGCCACCUAGUGUUCAGACGUAAAAUGCAUUCUCGGUCAGCGCCACCUAUCGUGAAUUGGCUGAAGGCAAACAAUCGUUUUGCGUUUGGUGUGAAAGCGCCGUUUGUCUACAAUUCGCUUCGCUUUAUCGUGUCGCGCUCAGUGUGAAAGGGCCUUUACAGCUUGUAAGUUGGAAUAAAUGUUAUGUCUUCGGCUUUGCUUUUGAGACAUUGCAGAAACCACUGGCAUGGUUCUAAAGGUAUCUGCUGAAUUGACAAAGACACAAAGCCUUAGUUUGCCAAACUAAGAGCCAGCGUUAUUCAGACAGUUUGCCUUUUCCUUGUGAUUUUUUGCAGAAUUUCAAACCAUCAGAAAAAACACCUACAAUUAAUGUUCCUUUUCUAUAUUUUAUAAAUAAAUUUGAAAUAAACCACAUUAGUGUGCUUAUAAUAAGUUUACAUUUAUUAAUUUGGCUGGUAUUCCUAUACAGAGCAAUGCAGAAUUGAGACAAUCCAAGCAGCCUACAGCUGAGCAGUUGAGGUUUAUGGGCCUUACGCAAGGUCCCACUGAUGGAUCUGGCAGUCCUGCCACUGAAACUCGCAA